AAUGGAUGCUCCAGUGCGAAAUAAUGUUACAGCCAAGAAAAUUAAUUUAACAUUAAUAAAUGGCACUGGCUAUGUCUUCAAUGUGGACGACUAUAUCGCAUUGCGGCAAAAGCACCGCAUUGUGGGUGCGCUGGUGGGCACAUGCAAUAUGCGUGGUUGGUCGGCGAACGAUUGCACUCUACCGCUGGAGCUGACGCCAUAUGAAACACGAUUUUUGGUAGAGCGUGMCAUUGCUCAAUUGGUUUCAAAGCAUGAAUCUUUACUGCGAGUGCCGGUUGCUAAAGAGUUGACGGAGUACCAAGAGUCGUUGGAUGCAGGCUUUGCAGCUCAAGCGGAAACCCUGAAGACUGAAAAGUUACACGAAACUGAACGUAAUAUGAGUAAGAUUCUUGAGGGAAAACGUAAGAAACUUUUGAAGGAAGGUGUGCCUGAAGCCGAGAUUGUGUUAGAUGCUUCGAAAAUCCUGCAAGAAACUGCKGAUAAUUUCGUAUUUCAACGCAAGAAUGCACAAUUGGAAAUAACAUGCGCGCAUAGGCAAGCGCACACUUUCAAAAUUUUUGAGCCACCUGCUAUCGACAACGCCCUUAAAUAUAAAGUKUUUUGCGAUUUUUGGACGCGAGGCUACUACGUUACCGCGGGCGACGCAUUCGGUGCUGAUUUUCUGCUAUAUCCAGGCGAUCCACUACAAUAUCAUGCUUCGCAUAUUGUGAUACUACUUGACACACCGAUCAUACAACCUUUGGACUUAAUAGCCAAAGUGCGUUUGUCUGUAAUAGUCAAUAAGAUUUGCAUAUUUGCUUACUUUGGUAAGGAUGAAGUGGGAACGGAUACACAUGUUGAGCGUGAAGUGCACUACCAAACUGUGCAGUGGGAGGGUAAUAGAGAAAAAUUCGGCGCUGUCCAGCAACAGUGUCAAGUAGAGAAAGCUGAGAGUAAUUUAUAG